CGGAAGCCCAAGCCAAAGCCCAGAAUCGUGGAUUUAGAGUGAGAGUGAAAGUCAGCAAAUCGGGUUCAGUUGAGAUGGCGACGCCUGCAAACGAUUCGUCUCUUCAAGCUAUCCGUUAUCGACCUGGUUCACUUCAGCUCCUCGAUCAGAGGAAGCUUCCACUCCAAACUAUUUACAUCGACAUCCGUAACUCAUCUGAUGGAUGGACUGCAAUACGCGAUAUGGUCGUUCGUGGAGCACCUGCUAUUGCUGUAGCUGGUGCACUCUCUUUAGCUGUAGAAUUGUUCAACUUGGAAAAUUUUGAAGGAACUUCUCAAGAUGCAUCAUCUCUUAUUACCAAAAAAUUGGAAUAUCUUGUAUCAAGCCGACCAACUGCUGUUAAUCUUUCUGAUGCUGCAACGAAAUUUAAUGAAAUUAUAUCCAAGGCAGCUGCUACCACUUCUGAUGCCAAGGAUGUAUUUAAGGUUUUCAUUGAAGCUGCUGAAUUGAUGCUCGAGGAUGACGUGACUUCGAAUAAAGCUAUUGGAUCGUUUGGAGCUGAGUUUAUCCGAUUUCAGCUUAAGGACAUCAAUAAGCUGUCUAUACUCACUCAUUGCAACACUGGAAGUCUUGCUACAGCUGGUUAUGGAACCGCUUUAGGAGUCAUUCGUUCACUUCAAACUGAUGGAGUUUUGGAGCAUGCAUAUUGCACUGAAACGCGUCCAUACAAUCAAGGGUCAAGGUUGACAGCAUUUGAAUUGGUGCAUGAAAAAAUCCCUGCUACUCUAAUAACUGAUUCAGCUGCUGCUGCAUUGAUGAAAGCUGGACGUGUGAAUGGCAUAAUUGUUGGAGCAGACCGUGUUGCCUCAAAUGGAGAUACCGCAAACAAGAUUGGGACGUAUAACCUAGCUGUAUGUGCGAAACAUCACGACAUUCCAUUUUAUGUAGCAGCACCCCUGACUUCAGUUGAUUUAUCACUUCAAUCGGGGGACGAAAUUGUCAUAGAAGAACGAUCUCCUUUGGAAUUGCUAAACGCGCAUGGUGGUCGUGGGGAACAGAUUGCUGCUUCUGGGAUUUCUGUCUGGAAUCCUGCAUUUGAUGUUACCCCUGCUUCUUUGAUAAGUGGAAUAUUUACCGAAAAGGGUGUUAUUACAAAGAAGACUGGAAGUGAAUCCUUUGACAUAAAGGGAUUCGUGCAAAGAGCACAGGGUAACUGAUCUAAUGGUUUUACCUUUUGCAUCAAUGAAUCAAGGUGUGUUGUUUAUUUAAAUCCUUAUAAAUAAAGACAGACUAAUGGCACUGUAAAACUAUUUGUAUCUUUAUAUUCUGUUUCACUUUUACUUG